CCUCUAAUGAGCAUCUCUGCUUUGCUUUCAAUGGGCCGCCGCUGCUGUCGCUGCUGCUGUCCGCGCGGGUUGUGGAUGUUGUCGGCUCCGUGUUGUCAUGACAGGAGAAUGUGUGUGUGCCCCGGGCCCAGGCGCAUUGGCAUCCCAGUCAGAAGUGCCAGCCUGCCGCUGUUCUCUGAUGCCAUGCCAGCACCAACUCAGCUGCUGUUUCCUCUGAUUCGGAACUGUGAACUGAGCAGAAUCUAUGGCACUGCAUGCUACUGCCACCACAAACACCUCUGCUGCUCACCCCCCUACAUGCCUCAGAGCCACCUGAGGUAUGCACCCCAUCCAGCAUAUGCGACCUUUUGCAGGCCAAAGGAGAACUGGUGGCAGUACACCCAUGGAAGGAGAUACGCUUCCACACCUCAGAAAUUUUACCUCACACCCCCACAAGUCAAUAGCAUCCUGAAAGCCAACGAAUACAGUUUCAAAGUACCAGAAUUUGAUGGCAAAAAUGUCAGUUCUGUCCUUGGAUUUGACAGCAAUCAGCUACCUGCAAAUGCACCCAUUGAGGAUCGGAGAAGUGCAGCCACCUGCUUGCAGACCAGAGGGAUGCUCCUGGGGGUUUUUGAUGGCCACGCAGGCUGUGCUUGCUCCCAAGCAGUCAGUGAAAGACUCUUUUAUUAUAUUGCUGUCUCCUUGUUACCACACGAGACUUUGCUAGAGAUUGAAAAUGCAGUGGAGAGUGGGCGGGCACUGCUACCCAUUCUACAGUGGCACAAGCACCCCAACGAUUACUUCAGUAAGGAGGCCUCCAAAUUGUACUUCAACAGCUUGAGGACUUACUGGCAAGAGCUUAUAGACCUCAACACAGGGGAGUCGGCUGAUGUUGAUGUGAAGGAGGCUCUAAUUAAUGCUUUCAAGAGGCUCGAUAAUGACAUCUCCUUGGAGGCUCAAGUCGGUGAUCCCAAUUCUUUCCUCAAUUACCUGGUGCUUCGAGUAGCAUUUUCUGGGGCCACCGCUUGUGUGGCCCAUGUGGAUGGUGUCAACCUUCAUGUGGCCAAUACUGGCGAUAGCAGAGCCAUGCUGGGUGUGCAGGAAGAGGACGGCUCUUGGUCAGCGGUCACUCUCUCUAAUGACCACAAUGCUCAGAAUGAGAGGGAACUGGAACGGCUAAAAUUGGAACACCCAAAGAAUGAGGCCAAGAGUGUGGUGAAACAGGAUCGGCUGCUUGGCUUGCUGAUGCCUUUUAGGGCUUUUGGAGACGUAAAGUUCAAAUGGAGCAUUGACCUUCAAAAGAGAGUGAUAGAAUCUGGCCCAGACCAGUUGAAUGACAACGAAUAUACCAAGUUCAUCCCUCCUAAUUAUCAUACACCUCCUUACCUCACUGCUGAGCCAGAGGUAACCUACCACCGAUUAAGGCCACAGGAUAAGUUCCUGGUGUUGGCUACUGAUGGGUUGUGGGAGACGAUGCAUAGGCAGGAUGUGGUUAGGAUUGUUGGUGAGUACCUAACGGGCAUGCACCACCAACAGCCAAUAGCUGUUGGUGGCUACAAGGUGACUCUGGGACAGAUGCAUGGCCUGUUAACAGAAAGGAGAGCCAAGAUGUCCUCAGUAUUUGAGGACCAGAAUGCAGCCACCCAUCUUAUUCGCCACGCUGUGGGCAACAACGAGUUUGGGACUGUUGAUCAUGAGCGUCUUUCCAAAAUGCUGAGUCUUCCUGAAGAGCUCGCUCGGAUGUACAGAGAUGACAUCACAAUCAUUGUAGUUCAGUUCAAUUCUCAUGUGGUAGGGGCAUAUCAAAACCAGGAAUCGUGAGAGCUUACCCUGGCACUUCUCAAAUAGAUUUAAAGGACAGAUAGAUUUUUUAAAAGAUACUAAAGUAAUAAACAUUUCCAGUGGGUGUUCUAAGCAUUUACCCACUUGAUCUUCUAGCUGGUCAAGAACUCCAUGGCCUUGGCAGCAGGGUGGCAGGAAAACGAGAGCGUCUUUGGCUCAGACCUCAGCUCCUGCACUUGAAGCAGGUCAGUUCCUUCUUGCAGAUUUCUUGUGACGUUGGCUGCUGUAUCAGUCUGAAAAAAUUAGGAUGACCUGGCAAGUAGGAUCUUGAUUAGGUCAAAAGCAAGAAUCUUGCUGGGUGUCUUUUCUUGGUAAAAGAAACCGUACUGUUGACACCUGCAGGCUUCUUUUGUCCCUAAGAUUCCAGUGUACGUGAGAACAUUUAUUUAUUGCAUGAUUUCCUAAAUAUGCAAUCUAUGCAUUACUUAUAGAAAUUUAUUUUACCCUGAGGUGGUUUCCAAAUGCAGUACUUUAAGCCAUAAAUGACCGAGAACCAAGCAAUCUGAAUUUGUGUUUGUGAAUAUUUGGAAUGCCUUUGAAAUGGAAAAACAAACUGCUCACUUCCCUACCCAGUUACCUAAUGUCACUGACACACAUUUUGCCACACACUUGAAGACAAAGGUUUUUAGUUUUAUCUACUCUUAUAUUGAUGUUAAAUAAAGAAAAAAUAAUUUUUUUAGUUUGUAUUAAUGAAAAGCUUUAUUUAGUUUGAAAUAAAAGAUCCAGAAUAAAAAGAAGAGACUGGUAAUGUUCAACCGUUGUCCUGUGUAGCCACCAGCACAUCACUUCUAUCGGGAUUCCCAGAGGCCCGGCAUGCUGUCGUGUCUGGGAGGCAGACUGCUGCUGGUAGAUCAUACUUCUAAUUUCACAGGGAUGAGGGUUUUCAUCACUUGGAAUGUUAAGGAUGGCAUAAAGUAAGUUUAAAUAUCAAUUUGGGGAGUAAGUUACCUUUGGCUGUUGAGACAGGAGGACAGUUUUUGGCUUUCCCCACUUAGACAUGUCAGUUAAAAUAUUUGGUUUAAAAAUUACUAAUUGCUUUUUAUAUAUUGUAGCUUAUAAAUAGGAGUGUUGAGAUAUAUACAUGAGACAUUUUAAAAGGUAAUUAUUUUGCAUGCCUGAUGCUUAAUAGAACACAGCAUCAAGUGUUAUUUGCAGCAGUCUCCGUAAUUAUAUGCAGUCCCUUCUGAUGCUUUAUUAAAGUAAAUGAAAAUAAACUAUUCAAAUUGGCUUUUGGGGGAACUUAUUUGAUGUACAUCAAGUGGCAUUUUGUUCCUGUGUUUAAUGGUGAUCUGUGUACAGCUGUACAUACAUUUUCUUCACUUAUCCUAGCAACACUAUUAAGAAUGGCUAUGGCUAUGUUUGAUAUCCAUAUAGAUUUUAAUAUAAAACAUGAUCAGCUUUCCCUUGUGUGAUUAGUUGAGGGGUGUUUAGGAGUCCUUUCUGAUUUCUGUAGAGUAUGAAUAGAUGACCAAGGACUGACUGCCUGUGGACUGGACACUAAAGCAUGGUAGACCCGACUGCAGCGCUUGUCCCAGCUUAAGGAUAGACUCAGGAAGAUUGCAGCUCAACAUCGUGUAGUGUUUGUUUCCUGAGGUCUUUUCCCCCCUUGUUUUUUGUUUGUAGUGGGGGUUUUUCUUCCGUGAGCUUGGAACUUUUUUUCUAGGCAGCACUUACGAAGAGGAAAAAGGCUGUACUAUAUAUUUAUUUCUAAAUGUUCUGACAGAGACUUAUUUCUUCUUUUAACGAAAAAACAUUUCUUUUUCUAGUGAAAUAAAUGUAGAAUUUCCCUUGAACACCGUCCCUGAAGAGUUCCAUAUUAUAUACUUAAUAAAGUGCCAUCUCUGUAUAGUACAGUGUAUAUAAAUU